AUGGCCAAGCAGUUUAAUAUAGCAAUUUGUGGUUCAGCUCGUGUUGGCAAAAGUACUCUUGUUAAUGCUUUAUGUGGAAAAGAAGUAGCUAAAACAAGUAGUAGUUUAUGUUCAGCAACUGAUGAAAUGAAAAAGUAUGUGUUGAAUCGAUCUUGUCAAUCAGUGAAUGAAGCUGCAAGUUCAAUUGAAUAUUCUAUUACCGUCUGGGAUACACCGGGUAUUGAAUCUUGGACAAUAGAUAAUGUUCAAAAACAUUUUACAAAAAUCAUGCUUGAAAGUACACCACUCUGUAUGAUUUAUUGUGCAUCUCCAGGUUCAUUUGCUCGACUCGAUCAAUUACAAUGGCUUGUUGAAACAUGUAUUAAAUCAAAUAUUUUUUGUGCUCUUGUAUGUACGAAUAAGUACAGUGGAGGAAAUCAACAACGUACUCAAGUAUUGAAUGAUUUUCAUUCGCUUCUUACUCAUUAUCACACUAUGACACGUGACGAAGCCAAUAUAAAAUAUUAUGGAAAUGUUGCUUUGUGUACAUCAGUGAAUAGUAUUAUUUAUGAAGAUAUAGAUAUUGGAGUAAGAAAAGGUGUCGAAGGUAUUAAUGAACUUAUUUUUGGCAUUAUAACAUCGUUGAAAGAUGAUAAGCUCGUCGCUUGGUGUUAUACAAUUGCUGAAAAUCAAUUGUUCUGGUCGACGAUGCGUGAUAAAGUUGUAGAAUUAUUCAAUAUAUCUCGACCUAUUCUGGAAGAACUUCUUCAAAAACAUGGCAAAGAUAUUGCAAGAUAUCUAAUCCCGUUGAUUAUGAAAGCAGCUUUUAAGAAAUGA